AUGUUUAAAAUCCCUUUACAACUUUUGGAGCACAGAUGCAUACAGGAUCCACGUCUGGAUAUUAAUGGACCAAACACAAAUAAAAUAGGAUGGAUUCGUGCGUGUUUGUUGAUACUCCUGAUUUGCAAAUUACCCGAACUUUCUUUGUGUGCAAGUGUGGCAGGAUCCAAAGUUGAACACGAAGGAUUUUGUCCCAACAAGCUGAAUUCCAACCUCUGGGUUGAUGCGCAAAGCACCUGCGAGAGGGAAUGCAACGUUGACGAGGACUGUGCUGAUUUUGAGAAAUGCUGCACCAACGUGUGUGGUCUCAACAGCUGUGUAGCUGCACGUUUCUCCGAUGGCACUCCUGCCCAGCCAGAUGGAGAAGAAGGAGUAACUGAAGCCCCCACCUCCACAGCUACCUGCGAGGGCUUCAUCUGCAGCCAGCAAGGGGCCACCUGUGGCAUCUGGCUGGGACAACCCAUCUGCAAGUGCCAGGACCGGUGUGAGAAAGAGCCCAACUUCACCUGCGCCUCAGAUGGCCUCACCUACUUCAACCGCUGCUACAUGGACGCAGAGGCCUGCAUCCGCGGGGUGACAAUAACCGUGGUCCCCUGCCGCUUUUACCUGGCCGGGCCCCCCACCAGUCCACUGCCUCAGGACACUACGGCCAACCCGACCCCUACAUCCUCCCAGGAAGACCCCAUGUUCCCAAUGCUGUACUCCAACCCACACCAACAAUCUGUCUACGUAGGAGGCACAGUGAGCUUCCAUUGUGAUGUGAUUGGAUCCCCAAAACCUGAUGUAACAUGGGAGAAGCAGAGCGAACGGCGUGAGCAGCUGGUCAUGAGGCCCGACCAGAUGUACGGCAACGUGGUCAUCACCAACAUCGGUCAGCUCGUCAUCUACAACGCCCAGGUGUGGGAUACAGGUAUCUACACCUGCAUUGCGCGGAACUCAGCAGGGGUUCUUCGAGCAGACUACCCUUUGUCCGUGAUUCGCCGGGGACUUGACGACUUCUCUGAAGACCCUGAGAUGCCCAUGGGGCGGCCCUUCUCGCCAGCAGACUGCCUGGCUCCCGUAGACUUGAGAGUGUGCAGCAGCGAGCGGCACGUGGACUGGUUUUACGACGGCAAGCUGAGCACCUGCCUGGCCUUCAGCAACGGCGGAUGCGAUGAUAGCCGCAACCGAUUCGAGACUUACGAGGAGUGCAAGGCCUCCUGUCAGAGAGAGGGGAUGGGCAUCUGCUUCCUGCCUGCUGUCCAGGGCCCCUGCAAAUCCUGGGAGCCACGUUGGGCCUGGAGUUCUGUCCUGAAACAGUGCCAGGCCUUUGCCUACGGCGGCUGCCAUGGGAAUGCCAACAGCUUCAACAGCAAGAAGGAGUGCGAGGCCAACUGCCCACAGGCCAAAAAGAAACCUUGCAAGGCCUGUCGGGUGAAGGGGAGAAUGGUGCCCAGCUUGUGCCGGAGUGACUUUGCUAUUGUGGGGCGGCUGACAGAGCUGGUGGAGGAUCUGGACUCUGGGUUAGCUCGCUUUAGCUUGGAGGAGGUCCUGAGAGAUGAAAAGAUGGGAUUGAAUUUCUUCAAUACCAAGCACCUGGAGGUGACCAUCGCCAAGAUAGACUGGAGCUGUCCGUGUCCUAACAUCACCAUGGAGGAAAACCCUCUGCUGGUGAUGGGUGUGGUGCAGGACGGCAUUGCCAUCAUCCAAUCAGACAGCUACGUCAGAGUCAUCACUGAACGCAGACUCAAGAAGCUACGUGAUGUUCUGAAAAAAAAGGCCUGUAAUAUGGGAAAACAAUUUAUUAAAAGUUCCGGAGAAUUUGGCAAUGUAUCUGAGCUUCAAGUGUAG